AUAUCAUAUGCACCGAAAAGCACCCUUUUAUCACAUCUCUCCCAUCCUCACUUUUCACAGCCAAGGAAAAAGCCUACAUUUUUCCUUUUUUCCAUCAUUUUCAAUACUUUGAGGUGGUCAAACUUCAAUACAAGCAAAAGGGUUGUUUUCUCACUUACUUAGUCAUCCAAUGCCUCAGUCAUCUUGAAGUUUCUUGAAUUUAUUUUUGUGGGUUUUGAAGCUUCGUAUGCCUACAAGCCUAUAACCACCUCUCCUUGGGGCUAGAUUGCCAUAAGCACUGUCCAUAGUAACUAUGGAAGAGACGUUUGUGCCACUUCGUGGAAUCAAGAAUGAUCUUCAUGGGAGGCUCAUGUGUUACAAGCAAGACUGGACUGGUGGUUUCAAGGCAGGCUUCAGGAUUUUGGCCCCUACCACAUAUAUAUUCUUCGCGUCAGCAAUCCCAGUUAUUUCAUUUGGGGAACAGUUGGAAAGAGAUACAGAUGGAGUUCUAACAGCAGUUCAAACAUUAGCUUCCACGGCAUUGUGUGGAAUUAUUCACUCAAUCGCAGGAGGUCAGCCUUUGCUGAUUCUUGGAGUUGCAGAGCCAACUGUAAUUAUGUAUACAUUUAUGUUCAAUUUUGCUAAAGAUCGGCCAGAUUUGGGAUCAAAGCUCUUUCUAGCUUGGACUGGAUGGGUAUGUGUGUGGACUGCGAUAUUGCUGUUCCUGCUGGCUAUCUUAGGGGCUUGCUCCAUUAUUAAUAGGUUUACUCGUAUAGCAGGGGAAUUGUUUGGCCUUCUUAUCGCAAUGCUGUUCAUGCAAGAAGCUAUAAAAGGACUUGUCAAUGAAUUUCGCAUACCUGAAAGAGAAAGUCCAAAGUUAAUUGAGUUUCAGCCUUCAUGGAGAUUUGCAAAUGGAAUGUUUGCUUUGGUUCUGUCAUUUGGUCUUCUGCUUACAGCAUUAAAAAGCAGAAAAGCAAGAUCCUGGCGGUAUGGGUCUGGGGGGCUGCGAGGCUUCAUAGCAGAUUAUGGUGUGCCAUUGAUGGUCCUAGUUUGGACAGCUGUUUCCUAUAUACCAUAUAAAAGUAUUCCAAAUGGAAUCCCAAGACGCCUCUUCAGUCCAAAUCCAUGGUCACCUGGUGCAUACGAGAAUUGGACUGUCAUUAAGGACAUGCUAAAUGUGCCAGUUCUCUAUAUAAUUGGGGCUUUCAUCCCGGCAACGAUGAUUGCAGUGCUCUACUACUUUGAUCACAGUGUGGCUUCUCAACUAGCUCAGCAGAAAGAAUUCAAUUUGAGAAAACCCCCUUCUUUCCAUUAUGAUUUACUUCUUUUGGGGUUCAUGGUCAUAUUGUGUGGUCUCGUAGGGAUCCCUCCAUCAAAUGGGGUUAUUCCACAGUCUCCAAUGCAUACUAAGUGUCUGGCUACGCUGAAGCACCAGUUACUUCAUAAUCGACUUGUAGCAACAGCACGCAAGUGCAUGAGAAAGAAUGCAAGCUUGGGAGAAGUGUAUGGAAGCAUGCAAGAAGCCUAUCAACAGAUGCAGACUCCAUUAACUUACCAGGAACCUUCAGCUAGGCAGGGACUAAAUGAAUUGAAAAACUCAACAAUUCAAAUGGCUUCAAGCACGGGGUGCAUAGAUGCCCCGGUUGAUGAGAGCAUGUUUGAUGUUGAGAAAGAAAUUGAUGAUUUAAUACCUGUUGAGGUGAAAGAACAACGGCUCAGUAACCUGCUUCAAGCUAUAAUGGUAGGAGGUUGCGUUGCAGCCAUGCCUUUCCUUAAGAAGAUCCCAACCUCAGUACUCUGGGGCUAUUUUGCCUUCAUGGCCACUGAAAGCCUACCUGGCAACCAGUUCUGGGAAAGGAUCUUAUUGCUCUUCACGGCUCCAAGCCGAAGAUACAAAGUUCUGGAGGAGCACCAUGCCACUUUUGUGGAAACUGUACCUUUCAAGGCAAUUGCAAUGUUUACUCUCUUCCAGACGGCUUAUCUGCUUCUUUGUUUUGGGGUUACAUGGGUUCCAAUUGCUGGGGUUCUGUUCCCUUUAAUGAUUAUGCUUUUGGUUCCUGUGAGGCAAUACAUUUUGCCCAAGUUUUUCAAAGCAGCACACCUUCAAGAUUUAGACGCUGCAGAUUAUGAAGAGGCACCAGCUUUAUCAUUCAACCUAGCAACACAGGAGAGGGAGAUGGGUCGGACAGCUUCUUUUGCACGUGAUGGGGAGAUUCUAGACGGGAUAAUUACACGUAGUCGAGGUGAGAUUAGACGGACGUGCAGUCUCAAGGUAACAAGCUGCACUGCAACAUCAUCCAAAGAAUUUAGAAGUCUUAGAAGUUUUCAGAACCCACGGCCAUCAGAAAAAGUAUACAGUCCUCGCAUAAGUGAACUUAGAGGGGAUCAAAGCCCUCGGCUUGAUGGGAGAGGGCCAUUUAGUCCAAGGACUGGAGAACCAAGACAGUCUAAUUUAGGUAAAAGUGGUUAGCAACAAUCGGCUGUGUUUCUAUUGUCAGGUUGCUAAAAGCAGGUACUGGCAGUGAUGAGGUAACGAACAUGAAAGAAGUUUGCAAUGACCAUCCUCCUGCCUUUUUUGUUUGUUUGUUGUUGUGGUAAUUCUUCAUCUGGGGUAUUAUAUUCUGCCUUUGUAAAAUUUAUUAAAGCGGAGAAAUUUCCAACUACGAGUUCUAUGAAUACAAUACUAAGUUCCAUUUGUUA